AUGAUGCUGGCAUCCCAGAAGGACCGCAUUCUCCGGCACGACACUUCGGCUAGUGCCUCUAGCCGGACCCACAGUUUGGCGUCGGGAAUGAUGCUCGCAGACGAUAAUUCCUACGAUCUGGUUGAUCGUGUAGCACUCUAUGAACUGGUACUUAAAAUAAUGAUUCUCGAUUAUGUGACAGAAGCCCGAUUCCGGACUCCGAUAGAAGACUUAGAGCUUACCAAGAGCCGAUCGCCGACUCGUGCAAACGAAAAGAUCCCAUCCUACUUGAUAGCGAGCUUGGAGUCUCGAUUGAAAGCCAUCGCAUUGAAGAAGAAUGUUGGUCCAGAAUUGGACGAAACCACUCGAAGAUCUUUCCUCAGUUUCUACAGUGAAUUACUAGACCUCCGGUUUCGAAACGAAGUCUCCAAAAAUGGAACUUUUCAAUACUUGCUAAUGAAGUUUGUUUCUUGUGCUAGUAAAGAAGUUGCAAAGGUAGGUACCGUUGCUCCUACAGAUAUCAGCGGGGUGGUAUUUGUUCAAGCUACCAAGUUUGUAAACAUACUCGAGUCUCUCGUGACCAAAGACGACAAGAGAGCAGAAGCAGUGAUUCUGACCCUUCGAGAUGCUCAGCAAUCUUUCAAACCUUCGGGCCACUCUUCCUCCUCCACCUUGGACCCGACAAACGCACGCUAUAGAAAACCUUCCUUCCGGGUGGCAGAUAUGGACCAGACCAAGCUCGCCCUUCUUCAGGAGCUUUUCAAUGUGGAUCUGGUCAAAUUGCAACAGGAUGUAUUCAAGCUCAAAGAUUACGUUCUGGAAAAGACUCUCAUCAAAGACAUUGAACAAAUCAACUUUUAUACAGAGAAAGACCUCGGUUUGCUAAAUCCCAGAAACUUUCAAACUAUGAAAGCUUACAAUGCAUGGAAAAAGCGAUUUUUGGACCUUUCCUCGUCCAUUUCCAACAAGUAUAAAGUCCCACCUUCCAUGAAACUUCUUGCCGCUCCUCCGCUCCCAAAUGGACUGGACUACUACAUGAUACCAUCCAAAUCUCAUGGCCGCUCAUAUCUCGUCAUAUUAAUGUUGCUAUGCUUGCAACACCAGCAUAAGAAUACAAUCAUUCAGGACACCGAAACCGCACUCUUCUCAAAACCAAUGUUGUCCAUCAUAUCCACCUGCGCAAACAUUUGGCUCCAAGACUAUUCUACCAGGGCAGUAUGCCUCUAUACUGCUGCUCAUCUAUCGGGCAUCUUGAAGGAUGACAAUGAGGGUCCUCAUACUCUCGGACCGGUUAACAUGGACGCUACUAAACUAAUCUUCUUACAAUGCAAGCGACUUGUUGAAGAGAUUGGUAAACUAGACUGGGAAGAUAAACACAUGUGGGCCAUCAAAGAUCAAGAAGAAUGGACCAAAAACUUGACGUUUUCUUAUAAUGAAUCCAUGUAUGGUAUAAAACAGUCGUUGGAACAGAUAUUCAACCCACACGCCAAACCCAAAUUUGGUCCAUUCUUGAUGCUACUCGGAGACUUUCUCGAAUCAGAUUGUCUCUUCCCACUGAUAGCGGAAUCUGGCUUGACGAAAAAGUGGGAGAAAAAAUUGUCAAAGACCCUCAUGCGGACCUCAGAGUCUCGAUAUGCUCAGUACUUGAGUAAUUUGCCUCGUGACGAUACCCUUAACAUAGUUCAUAUCAUUGACAUUAGUGACAAAAUAGUUGAGGAUGUCAGGCGAUUGCAAAAGAGAUACAAGAACCCUCUUCUUGGUUUUUUGAUGGUUCCCCAUGUCGCUGCCGCCGUAAUUACUGGGAUGUUUGCAGCUGAUUCCAAGAAUAUCUUGAAGCAUAUUGCAGCAUAUUGCAAAUCACGAAAUGAAGAGCUUCCAUUUGGUGACGCACUAGAAGCGUACAAAUCACUUUAUGAGAUCCGCAAUAUCUACAAUCAAGUUUCCACUUCAAAGUCGGUUUUCUCUUUUGAUUUGGAAUCGUUUUUUUAUGAAUUUCUCCAAGAAUGGGUGAUUGAAAGUGGUGAGAAAUUGAAAUCAAUUGUGGAGCAGGCACUCACUUCCGACAAAUACAAUGCAAUCAACCUCGAGCACGACGACAAGAAACAUAGCUCGUCUGUUCUCGAUAUUUUCACGUUGGUCAAGGAGUAUUUGAGAAUUUUGAAGUCUUUAAAUUGGUCCAACGAAUACCAACUAGCCAAAGUACAGACUACACUUUUAAAGAGUAUCUCAGAUGCAAUCUUAUUAUACGCCAAUACUGUUACUGACAAGAUAAUUGGCGAGCUUGAUGAAGAGGAACAGAAGAAGCUUCUUGAAUUGGCAGAAUCCACGACAGACAAGCGGAAGAGUGGAAACUGGUUCGAUGAAAUGAAGAGCGUGGUCAAUAAUAUCCAGAGUGGAGGAGCCCCAAAGCUCGAAGCUGAAAGUGCCUAUAACUUCAAGCCACAAACAUGUGUUGCGCUUAACAACCUUCAGGCUAUGAUGUACCAAUUGAGCAAGCUAGAGGAUAUACUCGAUCCAGAAAACAUUUCAAAUGUGGUCUCCGCGUACGAGCCUUCACUGAAGAAGGAAUAUACAAGCCACGUUUUCUCCUUGCGCUUGGUUAAAGCAGAGAAUUUGCAAUGCACAUCUGGUUCGGCUGCUUCUAGUUUGAGCCCAUAUGUUACACUUAUCGAUACCAAGGCAAGAAAAACCAUUGGAAAGACAAGAACACUUCACAAUACUCCAUUGCCAGAGUGGGAUGAAGAGUUUGAAAUCACUUUGGCUGCUAACUCGUCUCUAACCAUAUCUGUUACGGCAUGGGACGAGAAAAACUAUUGGAUCACAUUCUAUCUGUGGACGAGCGUUGUUGCAAUUGGAUCCACAUCGAUUUAA